CUUCUUCUCCCUGCACCAAACAAGAAGACCCAAGCCGAUCCACACCUCCCCUUGGAAGAAACCGGUAAAGCUUGAUGAUUUUUGCCUUCUUUUCUUGUUCAAGAACAAGAUUUAAGCUUGGAAACUUCCCCCCCCCCUAUGCAGAAUCCCGGAUCUGCUCUGCUCCUUCCUUCUUCACCGCCGGCUGCUCUUGAUUGUGGGUGAUUUCUGGGCAUUUUUUUCGCCCCGUGAGAGUCCCCUGUAGAUUGCCGCCGGAUUCUUCUCCCCCACAGCUCCGGUUUCUGCAGUUGGAAAAUUCUGGUUCCCGAUCGUUCUGUCAAUUAGCACUGAGAUCGAGUCUUCAGUUUUGUGCGAGUGAGGUAAGUAAAUUUAUGGUAAUGCCCGUAUAGUUUUUAAAAGCAUGUUUUGAUUUAUUUUUGAAGUGGUGGCGAGACUAAACCCGUUUUAUGCAAAAGUAGGUAUGAUUGAUUUGAAAUAAAUUUUUAUGCUUUUCAUUGAAUUGAGCAUGCCUACUUGAAAUUUAAUUGAUUGUCCUGAUGAUUUGAAAAUGAUUGGUGAAUUAUGAUUUUUCUAUUAACUUCUACCUGUUUUGUCUCCGAUGUGGUUAUGUUAUUAAUGAUCCUGUUAGUGGGGGUUAAAUGCUAGCACAUGUCGACAUGUUACUGAUAGAACCGGUUUGUUUCUGUUACCCUGCUAGUGGGGAUUAUACACCAGCAAAUACUGUAGCCUGCCAAUGGGAGGUUUAUAACACUAGCCGUGACCUAUAGAGGAGACAUCUAUUUCGUUCCCACACUGUAAUCGUUUUUUGUGAUUAUACUUGUUGGCAUGCUAUACGUUUAAUUAAGGGCAAUCCAUAUU